ACCUUUCGACUUUCAGUGAGUGAGAAUAGUGGUCAUGAUACGUUUAGUGAGUACAUUGAAAAUUCUAUCUCGGAUCCAAAAAACCAAUAAAAUAUUUCGGAAAUUUUAUACAAAUCACAAUGGAUUAAGUUAUAUUCAGAAAAUUGGAAAAUAUCCUUUGGUGUAUAGAACAAUUGGGCAAGAGUUGAGUCGAGUGGCUAAUGAAUUUGGUGAUCGUGAAGCUUAUGUGUUUGUCGAAGAGAAGAAAAGAUUCACUUAUGGUCAGUUAAAAGUAAAGGCAGAUCGCUUGGCUGCAGGAUUUCAAGCCAUCGGACUGAAAACAGGAGAUCGUAUUGGAAUCUGGGCUCCUAACAUGGCCAUGUGGCCAGUUGUGUUAUAUGCAGCUGCAAGAGCUGGACUUAUUCUUGUGGCUCUAAAUCCAGCAUAUCAGGUUCCAGAGGCGGAGAUUUGCUUGCAAAAGGCUGGGAUUAAAGCUUUGGUGACUUCAGAGAGUUUUCGCGAUAAGGAAUACUACGAGAAAAUUUUGCAGAUUGUCCCUAAAUUGAAUAAAGUAUCUCAUGGCAAAAUUCAAAGCGAAAAAUUACCAUUCCUUUCGAGUAUAAUAAUUGAUUCUGAGAAAUACUACCCAGGAACUCUCCGCCUCAAGGAUGUUUCAUCUAUGGCAGCGUCUUCUCAAAUUAAACACAUUGAAUUCCAACAGAAAUGUAUUAGUCCAGAUAGUGGAAGUAAUAUUCGAUUUACUUCAGGCACAACAGGAAAUCCUAAACCUGCCCUAUUAUCACACUUUGCUCUCAUUAAUAAUGGAAUUAACAGUAGCACUGGAAUGGAUGAAAAAAGAUUCUUAAUGCCAAUACCUUUUUUUCACAUAUACGGAUCUCUUGUGGGAGCAAUAGGAAGUUUAUCUAGGGUUGCAACUACUAUUGUUCCCUCAAUUGUCUACAAUUCAGAAAAAGCCCUUCAAUCAAUUCAAGAUGAGAAGUGUGAUAUAAUUUUUGGAGUACCUACGAUGUAUAGUGACUUAGUGGAAAAGCAAAAGAAAUUGAAAUUGGAUUUAAAAGCAGAAAUUGCUGCAAAUGGGUCAGAUUCCCUUCCACCUCAACUGUGCAGUGAAAUACAAAAUGUACUGGGAGUGAAAAGAGUGCAACAUCUAUUUGGAAUGACAGAAAGUUCCGGAACGAGUUUUUCAUCGCUCCCGGGAGAUACAGAAAAACAAAUUUUUGAGACAGUUGGUCAUGUUCAAGACCACAUUGAGGUAAAAGUGACUGAUAAGCACGGUGAUCUUGUACCAUUCGGAACUCCAGGAGAACUCAAUAUUCGCGGAUAUAUCACAAUGCUGGGCUACUGGGAUGAUGAGGAAAAGACCAGAGAAAUUCUGGCAAGAGAUGGAUGGUUGAGGACUGGAGAUCAAUUUAUCCUCCAAGCAGAUGGAUAUGGAAAAGUCGUUGGAAGGCUUAAGGAAGUCAUAGUUAGAGGGGCAGACAAAAUCUUUCCCAAAGAAAUUGAAAUUCUUCUAUCCACAUGUCCUCAAAUUGCCGAAAUCCAUAUAGUUGCGGUACCUGAUAAACGUUUAGGAGAAGAAUUAUUUGCUUUCGUUCGCCUUCAGCCUGGAAUUGAAUCAUUCACCGCGAGCGAUAUCAAGAAAUUUUGUGAUGGAAAAAUCUCUUACUUCAAAAUUCCACAAUUUAUGGAAGUAGUUACUGAAUUUCCCAGAACUGCAUCAGGGAAAGUUCAGAAAUUUAAACUAGAAGAGCUAGCUAAAGAGAAAUAUGCAAAAAUUAAGGAUGCCAUUAAACUUGAAACUUCACCGGUGAAAACAACUAUAUAAAAAUUUAUUGUUAGUUAAAAAGACUUAAACACCAAUCUGUACUUGAGAGUGUUGCUAAUUAAAAGGUUUACUUAUAACAAAGAGACAUUAUAAAGCUCUAAAUUUAAAAUGUUUAAUUUAGAAACUUUUAAUACUUGUUAUGCACUUUUUUGAUAAUAAAUUUUUGAAA